GCUCCAGGACCUGAGGAUCGGAAACCCAUUUGUGCAUGGACUGCAUCUUGCUGGAUUUCCCUCUUCACGGACGAUGUUGGUAUUUUUGCCAACCCGAGCAAGGAAGAGCUCAAUGCGAUCUCCUCCAUCCUUUUGGCCCUUGGUGAUGUGAGCAGUCUGGUCACUAACCUAUCAAAGUCUGAGAUCUUCCCCAUUUGUUGCCACGACAUGGAUCUACAUGACAUCCUCUCUGAAUUCGCCGCCAAGAUUGCUUCCUUCCCUAGAAGGUACCUGGGGUUGCCUAUGCACUCUCGCCGCUUUUGCAAUAUCGAUUAUCAAGGCCUCAUUGGGGUUACCCGAUCAACAGGCCACGCGCACUUGUCGAGGCUGGGGAGGUGGGUAAGCUCAAUGGAGUGCGCUAGCAUGUGGCUCAAAGUGCGUGGGUGGUAACCAUGGGCGACCAAGUGGGUGUUGGGCACCAUGAGAUGCGGGUGCGGACCUAGAGGUCGUCGGCUCAAUCCCCAUCCCCAUGGAUGCCCAUGUGACUUUGAAAUACUCACCUCCCUCAAGAGGUGUUCCUCCACGCCAACCAACUAAAAUCCCACGAGCGCGCGAUUCCUUGGUGCCCAGCACCACGCCAACAAAGUGAUGAACCAGCGAGAGUUGGUCGGAGGAGUUGGGUAAAGAACAUGAAAUUUUUAGCUUUGGUCAUUUUGCAUAACUUUUAGAGACAAGUUAAACCCUAAACUUCUUUUUUUAACUAAAAUGGUACACUUAAACCAAUUAGUAGAGCAAAGUGUGCAGUUUUUAAGUUAAUGAACUAAAGUGUGCUUUUGUGUGAGUUUAUGGAACGUGGAGUAACUAAGCAUUUCACUCUUAUUAGGGCUUGUAUAAUGUAUGGUGUUUAGAGAAGGUGCUUAGAGAAACAGUCUCCUCUUAAGAAUCAAUGCUUAUUUGUUGAGGAUAGACACUUAAUUAGACACUUAUCCUGUCGAGAUAAGCACCAAUGCCUAAGAUAAUCGGCUUAUUUUACUGAACAUUAUACAAGGCCGUGGAAGAUUAUGGAGAAAAGAGGGACAGAGUCAAGCGGACAACGAUUUGCUUUGGUCAUUUGCAGAAACCACCCCCAUAGAAACAACUUUCAUGGGUGCCAUCCUUUACAUACACACGUGUCCGACAAGAAAUUACAGCAACGACCUUUUUUUUUACCAAAGCGGUACACUUAAUAAACCAGUUAAUAGACUAUAAACUGUGUGAUUUUUUAGUUCAUGAACUGAAUUGUUUAUCCACCGUCAAUUUAGUUCAUCCACCGUUAGUUUAUGGGCUAAUGAGGCAUUUCACUGUUAGAGAGGGAGGAGGGACAUAUAGUCAAGCUGACAACGAUUUCUAAAGCGCAAAAGGUCCAACUAGAUGACACAAGCCCGGCCAAGUGGCGGCAGCUCGAAACAACAGCCAGCAGAAAAAAUCAACGCAAAAUCGCGUCUUUUCGCAAACGAAAACCUCCCAGCACCGGCAAGAACCAGGGGAUCGUCCCUCCCCUCCCUCUCCCCCCACCCUCCUUUCCCACUCCAAUCCAGUCACGUCGCGCUCCAUCUCCUCCGCCCCUCUUUCCAAGAUUCUCCCCACCAUCGCCAAAAAGAUCGGCGGCGAGACGAGAGAGGGAAAGGCCGGCCGGCGAAAAGGGAAAGCCAAGCACCCUGCAAGGCGCAGCUCGGUGCCGUGAGCGGAGAGGAGAGGCCGGUCCGUCGAUUGAUCGAUUCCGUUUCCAUAUCGCUCCCCGGACCCCGAGAUGGGAUUUUGAUGCCGGAUUCCUCCCGCUUUCUUUAUCUCCAGUUUGGUUCUUCUUGCUAUAUCCCUCGUGGGGUUUCCAGCUUCCCCCUGAACUUUUCGUCGUUAUAGAGGCUUCGCUUCUGCCGUCCUUCCGCCUCUUCAAUCUCGCAGUCCAACCUCCGGCCGUUAGCUGUGUUCCUCCGAUUCCAGAGCAGCUCGCCAUUUUCGCCGGAGACUGCUGCUGCUGUCGUCCGACAUACUCUGUUCUUGAUUCCAAUUUCUUUUCCGGGCCGGGCGACUCUGCUGUGCAACUUGCCCACUGACUGCACACAAAGUGAUUGUUUCUUGGCAUAAUUCUGGCACAAAUGGACGACGGGGUGGACCUCCCGAGCCAAUUCCUCUUCCCGCACCCGGAGAUGCCCGGCGCCUUCAGCGACCUCCUGGGCGACGCCGCCGCGACCUGCACCCACACGCACACCUGCAACCCUCCGGGCCCGUCAGCCGCCACGCACACGCACACCUGCCUGCACACCCACACCCACCAGCUCUUCGCCGCCGGCAGCGAGGACGACGACGCGGCGCGGCCCCGCCGGCCGCUGGGGAACCGGGAGGCCGUGCGCAAGUACCGGGAGAAGAAGAAGGCGCACGCCGCGUUCCUGGAGGAGGAGGUCAAGCAGCUGCGCGCCGCCAACCAGCAGCUCCAGCGCCGGCUGCAGGGCCACGCCACGCUUGAGGCCGAGGUGGCGCGGCUGAGGGGCCUCCUCUUCGACGUCCGGGCCAAGAUCGACGCGGAGGCCGCCGGCGCGUUCCCGUUCCAGAAGCAGUGCAGCGUCGGCUCCGUGGCGUGCGCCGACCCGACCCUCUGCUUCAACAAUGGCAACUCUGAGGUCGGUGGCGCCUGCUGGGAGGACAGCUCCGGGCCGGCGGCUGCGGAUUACAGGUUCGAUGAAGACGGCAAUGGCAAUGGCGGCGCGUCGCGGGAGAUCGAUGCUCCGGAACAACCGGUGCGUUCCAUGGAUGUCGUUGAGCUCUGCUGCUUCCCUAGCUGAAUCUAUGAAUGUGAUCAAGGAUUGUUUCGGCAGUUGUUGCAUGAGAGUUGUUUUACAUUUUUGGUGAAAACACACUCUCAUGGAAUGAAAGGGCGAUCAGUGAGUAUAACUGAUAUGAUGUUCUUAUGUUUUGAUACUAUGCUUAUACUCAUAUAUAAUAGCAAUAGAAGGAGGUUACAGCUAUACUCAGGAGGA